AUGGCAAUAACAGAGAAUUCAGAGCUUGCAGCUAUACUCGCUAGUAACCCCGGAAAGCUGGUCCUCUACCUUCAGGACCAGCAAUUCCCAGGACACGCACAACUCUGUACUGUUAUAGAGUCACUUAAAGAGGACUUUCCUGGCGUGGCCUUCCAUUCGAUAGAUCGCAACUCAGUGAAGGACAGUUUAGCUGUGACAGGUACUCCUUGCUUCGUCUUAUUCGAUGCUGGUAAGGAAGUCAACAGGCUAGAAGGCUGCUCAACGUCAAUGCUGGUAACUGCGGUUAGGGCCUGGAAUAAAGCACCGUCGCAAGAGACAACCGUAGAUCGCAUCAAAAGAUUGAUCACUACGCAUCCAGUACUUCUAUUCAUGAAAGGUGAUAAGCAUGAGCCAUUCUGUCGCUUCAGUCGAGCGGUAGUACAGAUGCUAAACGAGUCGGGGGUGAUUUUCGAAGGGUACAACAUCUUCGAAGACCCAGAACUACGCGAAGAACUCAAAAUAUACUCAAAUUGGCCUACUUAUCCACAACUAUACGUAAAGGGAUCACUGAUUGGAGGUCAUGAUAUUAUUAAAGAACUAUUUGAAAAUAACGCACUCAGGGAUGAAAUCCCUAAAGAAUGCUUGCGUUAA